CCUUCUUUCCAGCAACAACCAAGAUAGCAGAACUCAGAUGCAUGCAAGGACAUGGAGCAAACUUAUCCCCACAAAAAUCAGCGCAUUUGGGUGGCAAGUCUUGCAGGAUAAAAUCCCUACUAAGCUUAAUCUUUAUAAGAGGGGAAUCAUAACAUAUUCUAGCCAGAUUAUGUGUGAAAUGUGCAGAGGCAGCAUUGAAGAUGUCAACCACCUUUUUAGUCACUGUAAAGUUGCUUUUCUGGUUAAAAGCAAGUGUGCACAAUGGUGGAGGUUCCUCUCAGUCCAACUGGAGAAUUGCCUUAAUGAUUUUGAACAACAAAAACCCCUUAUAAAAGACCCUUCAGUGAGAGCUGGGUGGGAUGUGGUUUGGUUCUCCAUCAUAUGGUCACUGUGGUUAGCAAGGAAUGCAAGGAUUUUCAGAAAUCAAGAGCAUGAGGCAGACAAAAUCUUUGAGCUUGUACGAUUAAGAGCUUUCAACUGGAUUAAGGGCAGAACAGCGAGCUACUCAUUCAGCUUUCACGAUUGGAUGCUGGAACCAGUCCUAUGUCUCAAAGAUAAAAGAGGUACACAUUAAGUCUAUUUUUGUUGUUUUGUAAGGUUUCCUCAUAUUGUCACUGAGCAGUUAGUUGACUUCUGCUGUUUCUUUUGUUGGUAUAUACUUUUGUGUUUUAUUUGCCGAAGUCAGUGAAUACUCAAUGAUUGCUUAUUUUUGUACUAUGGGCAGGCGUAUCCCUUGUAUUCCAUCAAAUAAAAUUAUUUGGCUGUG